UUCACUGCUCUUUUCUUCUUCACACCCAUACAUUUGCAUGUUCUCUCCUUCUCUUCUACCAUCAACGACUCAUUCUCUCUCUAUCUAUAUCUGCAUUUAUUACACAAUCUCUCUUCCUUUAGCAUUUAUAACAAUCACGAUACCUUUAAACCGCCAUAUCUUUCUCUAUCUCUCUAUAUAUAUCUACAACCGUCUCGGUUAUAAUCUAAGUCAUCUCUUUGAUCGAUACUACUCGUAUGGAUAUGUUGAGGAGUGCUUGUUUCUACUUCCUAUUAAUAGUGUUUGUCAUCCUUUCUUGGUCUCUUUUAUGCGAUUCUCGCCAUCUUGGACACAUGGAGAAGAAGCUUAGUGUAAAUCUUGAUCUUUUAAAUAAGGACAAUGAAGAGAUUACAAAACUAGAAGCUCCAUCAACAAACAAGACGAACACCUUAUUGAGCCAAUCACAUGCGGUAGUUAAUCAUGGUGAUAAUGGUCAGAUCAACGGGAAGAAGACGAAGGAAAUUCACAGAGUAAAACGAGCUUCAGACAAAAAGGUGUCGUCUAAAAGAGUCUCAAGAACUUGGAAAAUCCCUAAGUAUCCAAAGAAGCAGCCUAAAUCAGAUCAAGAACAUCCGGGUUUCAAUCUUGAUUAUAUGCAGCCCACUACACACCCGCCUCAUCAUAAUUGAACUCUUAAUGAUCAUGUAAUAACUCCAUGCAUAAACAAAUUUCAUAUCGUGGUUUAUCAAAUAUCAUAACUCAAGUCACGAAGAAUUUCCACUUUUUACUCGUUUGAUAUAUCAUGAUGUAUGGUCAGAAACGACCUAGUUAUAAUAAGCUUUUAUAUUUAAAAUUAAUACAUAUACGAAUUAGAUUAUAGUGAAACUGUUAUCGGUAUUAAUUGUUCAAUACUACUCCGUUGGGUUUCUUGA